UUUCUGCAAGCAACCGAUGUGCUGAUCGAAGAUUAGAGGACAUCAAAGCUGCCAAAGCAGAAUUGGUGGCACCGAACCACUACAUUAAAUGAAAGCUGGGCAGCAUUUCAAGAGAGCUUGUUCAACACCAUCAUUUCUGGAUGAAAAAAGCUGUAUAAGUGACACUAGCUGCAUGAAAUACAGAAAGGAUCCAGCUGUCAUACAUUGUCUUGAUUGCCACUUGCACACAAGAUUGUGUGGACUUUGUAACCAGUCGGUUCACAACUUCCACCCAUUUCACGAUUGUGAUGCUGUGAAGAGUGGUUUUCCAAGUCCAAUUCCCCCAAGUGUAUCCACUGAUAGUGAUGGAGAGUGGAUUUUUGUAGGUGUAGCUGCAGCAAUAUCCAAACAGUUGGGAACAAAACAGAUGUAUAGUAGUUACUUUCAGAGGACAGUUUGAUGUUGGUCAUGUAUUGUUCCAAUGCCUCCACUGUGAGAAAGACCUGCCAACUUAUGACCCACUAGUUGUCACAUAAUCUGGGUUCCAGGAAGUAUUAGUAUGAGUUAUGUGUUUGAUCCUGAGGUGGUUUUGCACUGGGACCUUUUCCAGAAGGAAAGUCCAGGGUCUUCAGAUAGGUCUUUUGAAAAGAAGGGUAUGUACACCUAGACUGUUUGAAAUUUUAUAUGACAAUGAUAGGUUAUGUUUAUCAAAUAUUAUUAGGUUGAGGUACUUUGAAAUUUUGGGAACUGGGUAUGUGUUUACAUUUAUUAGAGUUAUUUUUCUUACUUUAAUCUUAUGAAUAAUUUGAGAAGUCAUUACUGGUAACUGAGGUCCCUCUCGCAAUAAGUUAAGGAAGGAAGAAGGUUGAUGCACACCUUGGACCUGCACAGCAUAUUUGUCUAUUUUCAUCAGUUUUAUGGA